AUGAAACACAAUCUGGUGUGUCAGACACCUCCCACUGUCACUGUUCAUGUAAAAUCAAGUGCAUCCAGAUCACAUCAGCAAAAAAAACUUACUAGACUAAAGCGACCUGCUUUUAAAGACCACCAAGAAAAUUGUGAAAAAGGGGUUCCUAGUCAGAAAUAUAAAUGUCCAAAGGGACCAUGUCUAGUUAUUCAGCGUCAGGAAAUGACAGCUUUCUUUAAAUUAUUUGAUGAUGAUCUAAUCCAAGACUUCCUUUGGAUGGACAGUUGCUGUGAAAUUGCAGACAAGUAUCUCUUGGCAAUGACUUUCGUUUAUUUCAAGAGAGCUAACUUCACACCAAGUGAGCAUACCAGAAUCAAUUUCUUUGUGGCUCUGUAUCUGGCAAACACAGUUGAAGAAGACAAUGAAGAAGCAAAGUAUGACAUUUUCCCAUGGGCUUUGGGCAAAGCCUGGAGAAAGCUCUUCCCUGAUUUCUUAAAGUUAAGAGAUCAACUUUGGAGUAGAAUUGACUACAGGGCUAUUGUAAGCAGACGCUGCUGUGAAGAGGUGAUGGCUAUCGCUCCAACACAUUACAUCUGGCAGCGAGAGCGCUCUGUGCAGCACAGUGGAGCUCUGAGGAGUUAUGAGGAUCAGGUGCAGCUGCCCCGAGGCCCCAGUGCUACUCCUACAGACUGCCUCCUCUGUGGGAAGAAAGGCAGGUUUGUACGGCUCGGAUUAUCAUCUUCCUCCUCCUCCACUGACACUUUGGAGAUGAUGGACUUACACUCGUCCCAGAAAUCAAAGGAUGCCUUCUCAACUGAAAAAAUGUUCAUCUACUCUCCUUCUUAUAAAGCCCAAGACUGUCAGAGGCUGUCCAGCAAAAGGCAACCAUGCAGCACCCUGGAUCAAGAUAAGUCUAUGGAUUGGUUUACAAGCAAUGGAGAAUGAAGUGCACCAGAUAAGACAGAAACAGAUACUGUGAUCUGCAGAACAACCUGGGCUGCAUCACAACACCAGAUGUGAUGAUUCACUUCAAAUUUUUCCCUUUACGUAGUGGGAUAACAGUUGGUGUUUCAAACUUGACACCAGGUAGAAAUCAGAGCAGUCAUUGCUUAAAAGUUACACAACUUGCAAAAUGUAGCAUCUACUUUGUUAUGUUUUAUUUCAUUCUGAUACAAUAUUCAAAUUAGCAGCUAAGGAGGCAGCAGCAUCAAGAAAGCAGCGGUUGAAACUUUCUCAGCUUGGUAAGGAACG